UCCCUUCCUGUUUACGAUCUGGGAGAGUGACUAUUUAUUCAGUUGCUAUUUUUUUAAUUUGUUGCUAUUUUUUUUUAUCAUUUUGUUUUUCAUUCUCGUGGGUCUGUGAGUUGGGUGGCACCGAUUCAGAUCUUUGAUAUUCUGCCAUUUGAUUUUUAUUGAUUUUUGGCAUGAGAAGAAGUGAAACCCAUCUAGGAUUUUCUGUGUUAGUUUUUGGAUUUCGCGUCUCUUUUUUUUCUUAUUAUGGCUUGUGUCCAAUCAGCGAUUCAGAGGUAUCAGACAAAUUAAACGAAGGUGGGAAUUUGAACUUUGAAGUUCAUACUAGCUUUUUCCUUCAUUUUUUUUGGAGGGUUAUGAUAUCGCUGUUGAAAAUUCACGGAAGUUCAACUUUUUCCGUCUUUAAGUACAUUGAGAACCGGCUCUAGAUUCCACAUAAUCGACCUAGAGUUUCGCUCUCCGACUAUAGGAAAAUUAAAAAAUAAAAAUAAAAAUCCAUGGAGUCAUCUCCUUGGAUCUAUUGCUGUACACUGUUCCUGUUGCAUUAAACAGAGACAUGCUUUUUAAAAAAACUAAAAUCAGAAGUUUCAUCGAGGCUUGGUUUGCUUUUAAAUUCAGUAUUGUUUAAUGUUAUUUCUGCUGGAAACUCAGCAAGUUGCAUGUCUUCUUUUCUUUACUUACAAUCAUGACUGUUUAAUUGAAAAUUGGAUAUUCUAGAUAAACGUUUUUAAAUUUAGCAACAACCAGUGAUAGAAAGCUAUGAUUUCUCCUUUUUCUUUAAGUUAAAGAGUUAAUUGGUGGCAUUUUGCUAUAUAUAAUGGAUUUGGAUUGGUGGUUAAAUCCAGGAUCGUGUAACUUUUUAAUGAUAAUGUUAGCGUGGCCUUAAUCUUUCCAUUGCUGUGCGUUUCCGACCCAUGUUUUACAUUCUUGGUCUUACCUGUUCUGUUGCAUCGCUAGAUUCACGCAGUUUUUCCAGUUUCUGAGACUUUCGAUGAGACCUUUUUCAUCAGUUGAUGUAGAAUAUAUGAAACCAGGAUUUGGUUAUGGUUUGUUAUAGUGCAGUGAACCGGUGAGAUCUUGUUGUUCUUUCUUUAAACUUGAACAUCAUUAUGUCAAUUAUUUCUUUCUUUAUGGAUUUUUAAUCGAAGAAGGUUAUAUUACUUAAUUUGGCUUGCAUUUUGAUGGGCAGGGUCGCUUAGUUGCUUACACUUACCAGAGCUAUUGUAAGCUUGAAGUCUCACACACAGUUGCUUCAGGAAUUUAUUCCAUCUUUCCCUUCCCUGUAGGCAUGAAACUUGGUAAUAACAUAGUUUUCCCUCUCAUUGGAGUCUAUUUUUUCUAUGUAAGUCCUGGAUCUGGCACAUUUUUUCUUUCUCCACAUUACAAUUAGCAGCCCUAUGUUGUACAAGAGUGGGGGAGAGUAUCUUUAUCCUUAUCAGUCUCAGCAUUGGUAGCGUAAGCAAGUUUGAUAUAGGCCAUCUAUAUACUUAAAUUCUCUCCCUUGAUGAAUGGAGUAUUCACUUGAGAAUCCGACUUCUUCUAGGUGGGUUUAUUUCAUGCACUGUUAGAUGAAUUUGGUGAACUAAUGAUGCUAACAUGGCUGUAAAACUAAUUCUGUUAAACCAUGCACUGUAUAUGCCCCUGUUCGUUUUCCUUUGCUAUUGCUAAAUGUCUCAGAAUGAGCUAGUAUAACUUUCUGUUAGGCCAAGGCACUUUUGGUCUUACUUUUCCAUGAAGAACAUUUUCAAACUCCAGAGUCACUGGAUUCAUUUUUGUUAGUCCUUAAUAUGAUACAGAACCUGAAUGAUAUAUCUUCCUGGUUUCAUUUUCACUGUCAUUCCAACAUUUAAUUUAUUUGCAGAUAGUGAGCCAGUGCUUUCCCAGUCAACUCUUGGCCAUAAGACUGAUUCAAAACCUUUUGAAUACGAUAACAAUGUCCUGGCUUCUGCUAUGAAGUCUCAAAAUCUGGUCAUAACGGAAAAUCAGGAGAGGCUUUCAAAGGGCACUGAGAGAGAUGCAGUGCAAUUACCAUAUGCCAUAAAUGACAGAGAUGGUUGGACAGCUAUAAAAUUUGAUUGUUCCAUGAUCAUGGAUGAUUUGAAAAAUGAAAGUGAAGAUGAGGUCAGAGAUUUUGUUGCAUCACAUACCCAUUCUUCAAGAAAAACAGGAUUUUUUGACAAGGACUCGGAUUUUGUUAUGGACAAAGGUGUUAUGGAAUGCGAAUUGCCAGAGUUGACAGUUAGCUACAAAGAGAAUGGUUACCAUGUUGUCAAAGACAUCUGCAUCGACGAGGGAGUGCCUUCCCAGGAGAAGAUCUUGUUUGGGAGUAGCAGAGAUACGAAGACUGUGCUCAUUGUUCAUCCUCCUGAGAAGGAUCAAAACAAAGUAUUGUUGAAAGAAAAAGAUGACACUGAGAUUUACAGUCCAGAUGAAUUAAUGUUUUCGUCAGAAAAUGAUUCGAAGAAGAAUUCAGCUAAUCAAUUCGAUUCCAAGGAUUUGAUACAGACAGAGGAAGAUGCCACUGAGAGUAUUCUGAAUGAUGCCACUGAAGAAAGGUUUUUACCUGGAAAUAAGCUUCCAAUGCUGGAGAGGGACAAGCGUGCUUUCCACUUAAAUUGUUUGAACAUUGACAGCAAAGACGUGGAACAACAUCCCUUUCAGGUGAUCUCUGGUGAAAAUGUAAUCUUGGCUAGCCCUGCUUUGGUGUCUGGAGUUGAAGAAUCAAACAAUAGUGGCAGGAUUUCAAUGUUGGCAAGCUCAACUUCGGUUUAUGCAGCGGAAGAAUCUAACAAUAGUGCUGUGGAUUCUAUGUUGGCAGGCCCUGCUUUGGUUUCUUCAGCCGAAGAAACAAACCACAGUACUGGGGCUCAAAUCUUGGCAACCCCUAAUCUGGUUUCUGCAGCUGAAGAAUCAAACAAUAGCAGUCCUGUCAAUGAGUUCUUUUACAAUAGCAAGGAGGAAAGAGGAGGCAUCACUUUCGAUUCUGACUCUUUAGCACCUGCAGCUAGUGCCAGACAGGAGGGUCCUGAAACUCAAAAUACGUCUAAGUUUGAAAAUUUAAUUUCUGAUGCUCAUGAUACAGAUUCGAGGCAACUUCAUCAUUCUCAGGGAGAGACAAGUUUUUCUGCGGCAGGUCAGGGAGAGGAGAUUUUUCCCGUGGUGGGUACCUUGUCAAGUCUUAUAAAUUACUCUGGUCCAAUAGCUUACUCUGGCAAUGUCUCUCAUCGCUCAGAUAGCAGCGCCACCAGCACGCGUUCCUUUGCCUUUCCCAUAUUACAGUCUGAAUGGAAUAGCAGUCCAGUGAGAAUGGCAAAAGCUGACCGGAGACAUUUGCGGAAGCAUAAAUGUUGGAGGAAGGGCUUUCUUUGCUGUAGAUUCUGAAUGCAUCUUUUCCAUCCAUAGGUUGAGAAUCUGAUUUUAUUUGUACAUCACCAACAAAAGUUUAGUUUAUUGAAUAUAUAUGAUAAAUUUAUA